UCAGGGGGAGCUUGGCCGAGUCACGAGAGGCAAAGACGCAGGCACGGAUCACAUGACUCCUCUCGCAUGAGCCGUGGGGGCUGGGGCUGGGGGGCCGCCAGGAGACGGGACCUCUGAGAGCCAUGGAAUGUUCUGGAAGUAAAUACACAUGACGGUUGCACAACUUCGUGAGUAAAAACCCCUGGAUGAUUCUCUCUAGAAGGUCGGCCGGAACCUCCAAGAGAACGGUGACCAGUAACGGCGGCGGCAGGAAUCCCCAGUCGCAGCGGCGCGGCUGCAGCUCCGAGUUUCCCGGGCACGACGGUCUGGGCCAGGCCGUGUGCAGUUUUUGUUUCCUUUUCUAUUUACUCUCGUACAGCUAAGGGUGAGGAUUCGCCGCGCUCCGCCGUCGGUCGUGCAGCGGCCGCCGGGACAGGUCGUCAUGCAGGCUGGUCACCGACGCGGCCGCGGCCAGCUGAACUUCCGCAGGUCACGGGCAAUAUACUGACUCGGUUCUCAGUUUUCUGUGCAACUUUGGCGACGAGCUCCUCGAAGUCCAUCGUCGAGCUCCGCGAAGCCUGGCCCCGACCCCGAGGUCACAGCGCCUGGUCCUGCACAUACUUUACUGGAUUCUUUUUGCUAUUCUUUUAUUUAGACUUUUUUUCUCAUCUUUGUUUAUAAGUGGUAUUUGUCCGUACUCCUUUUUUUUUCUUCUUUUUGCUACAUCAGGUUUUUGUAUUAUUAAAUUAUGCUGGUUUUAGGAGAUGAAUUACAGUUUUCCACUUUUUAUGUCGUGGAAAAGUGAAAACAACACAGGACGGACUAUUCCUCCGACUUACAGCACAGUCAGCUGCGGGCGACUGCCUGCAUUCCUUCAUUUUUAAUCACCUUUCCAGUGUCUCGUGUUCCUCUGUCCAUGUUUUCUGCUAUUUUAGGUUAUUUUGGUAACUGGCACUCACCAGUAAGUUACCUGCUGGCUGCGGGGUUCCCCGCGGCUGCCCCAGAUUCGCUGCUCGUGCCGCGGCAUCUCCCGCCGUCUCCCCGGCUCCAAAAUUCAACGCGCACGAAUCCUACCUAGAGGCUGCCACUCCUCAAUGAGGCCUCAGGGCUCUAUCAAGACCGGGGGCUCUAUUUUAUUUUCUAUUAGGAAAAACACCGUCAUCUCUCCUUUUUACUUGUAUUCCACCUAAUCUCUGGUUUUUCUUUUCAUAAUUCCCUUUCUGCUUUUUAAGACGUAUUUUAUUGCUGUCAUUCUAAUUUCCUAAAAUGGGCACGAAAUCCCUCGCUCUCAUUCCUUCCUCAGCAUCUGAGCGUUGCGUCAGUUGAGCCUCUGGGCUGUGCUAAGACGUGUUUACAUUUUCAUGCUUUCCGGAGACCUCGCGUGUUCAGACUCAAUUUCCUGUCUUAUCUGAGGGCUACCUCGGAAUGUGUUUCUUGGUUUCCGAGUCGUUGAAAUGUGUGUGACUUUUUCGUUUAUUUCAAAUUCCGUUGGACUGCCAUAGGGCCAUUGCCACUGGUCUACUUUGUCACUCAUCAAGGUUGCCCCUGCGUGCAAGCACGUACUGCCACGGCCGUGGGGAAGGGACCGGUGUUCCCUCCGUGUCCGUGCACGCCGGGUGUGUUUCACCAGACCUAACAACGAGGAGACCCAGUGAGAGCUCCUGCGUCUGCAUCCCUCAAUCCCUGGGUUGCCUCCCGCGGUGGCUUUCUGUGUUUAGUUCCCACGUUGGGCGGUACGUAGAGGUUGAUGACUCACAUCUCCGUCACUCCCAGCACAGACACGGAUCGCUGCGCGCCCGACUCUGUGCUCAAGCUCCCGUCGCCUCAGCGCUAUCGGGACGUCGAUCUUGUCCCCUGUUCUGACUCGUGCCCAGCGUUCCGGUCUGUUUCUGGUGAUCCCCUCGAACGGGGCAUACGGGGGACACCCGCACUAACGCUUCCGUGCUCCCAUAACUGGUUCUGGGCUAGUGGAAGAUGCCGGGCGGGUCCCUCUCUCUCCAUGACCCGUGGAUGACAUCGCACUGUCCUCGGCUUCCAACACGGCAGAUGAGAACUCCAGGCCUUGCUGAGGUUUCCUGUCUCGAAGCAACAUGCUCUUUCUGUCGGCAAGGGCCUAACGCUCCCCACCCUGGCGCCCCACCCACCCACAAGGCUUCAGGGUUUCAUGGGUUUGUGAGGGUACGGGGAAGGGUGCGGGGAAGGACAGACAGAGGCUCCAGUGAACAGCGUGGGCGACGGCGACCCGAGGCCUCUGACCCCCUGUUGUGCCCUCAAGGCCUCCUGAGGUCUCGGUCAAUGAUGUGUUACUGGAUGGAACACAGCCCCCCACAUGCGUGCACGUUUGCCCCUGGCUGCUUUCGCAGAGUAACAGCAGAGGCGAGAGGGGAGACGGGGCCCCCGAGGUGAAGUGACCUCCCUGGCCUCUGUGACCGCAGAGCGCGGGCCUCCUUCCCGUGCUGGGUACCAGAGGGCCUCCUGGAUGGAGGCGAGUGGGGCAGCCGGAGAGGGGGCCUCCCAAGGGGCAGGGGCGCCAGGAGCUCCGCCCACCUGCCGUCUUCCACAGGACCCCAAGUCAGAUCACCCUCCACACGGCGUGGACAGCAGGCCGCCUCCCCUGGCCCACACCGUGCCAGGCCCCGCUAAAUCCAGGGACUGCCCCCCUCCCCCGGAGAGCUGACCCCAGGGCUGGCUGGGACACGCACCACCUCCCACUCCCCGGGGCCUGACCAUGACGUCUAGGGCAUCAGGUGCUCGGAUGGCCAACCCCUCCCCCACGAGGUGGUACCCCCCAGGGAAGGGAGAAGGGAGACAGGACAGGGUUGCCUGCGGAGAACCCCCCGCGGCAUGGCCUUGCUCACGGCGAUCGGGGCUGGGACAUCAAGGGGUGCAGUUUGCAGGCCUGUGCCUGGCCGGGGGUCGCCCCGCAGGGAUGGGCCUCAGGGACACAUCGACCCGGCCUUUGUAGUGUUGACAACAGGCGUGACCCCUGGCCUGGCCCCUGGGGACACCUCCUCCCACAGGAGUCCUGCCCAGCCCAGCUCCAGGAAAGAGGAUCCGCAGACACACAAACGUGGGACACUGGCUCGUGACCGGUGCCCUCAGACCACAGGCCCCUGUCCCCUCUCUCUUUCAGGCUUUGGUCCUGUUUUCAAAUCAUCGGCAACAAGGCUUCCCGUGCUUUUAGCAUCUCCUUUGGAAGCCCCAGCAGGUGGGGAACAGACGCCUCAGGAAGUGCAGUGUGGGUACGGCAGCGCCUGCAGGGCCUCCUGCUGGCCCGUCUCCCCCCUCCCAGCACCCGCAGGGUGUGCUGGCCUCCCCCUCCCCAUCGUCCCCCUCCCAGCACCCACAGGGUAUCCUGGCCUCCCCCUGCCCAUCCCCCGCCUCACUUCCAAGUGGGCUUUCCAGGAUCUGAAUAGGAGGGCCCUGAAGCAGGGUCUGCACAUGCACAAACCCAGGGUGCCCUCUCAAAUCUGGGGUGCACGACCUCAUGAGCGGAGCCCCCGGGAGAUGGUGGAGGACCAGGGCUCCCACAGGCGGGGGUGCAGCAGGCUCCAGGAAGUGGUGCAGGCACCUGGGAGGCUGAGGCAGUGGGCUCUGGGUGCUGGUGGGCGAGGGCCCCCCAGGUCGGCCUGGCUCGGGGUGGUCUAUAGGGGCGCCCUCGGGGGCCAGGGGCUCAGUGCGGCCGCCUGCAGGGGAGCCCCCGACCCAGGGCAGUGGGGUCCUCCCUUAGCGACAGGCCAGCCCAGCUCCCGCAGGACAGCCAGACCCGGGAGGGAAUGAAAGAGGACGCAGAGGUGGGCGGCCUGCACCCCCCUGUGCUGAGCCGCGGGGA